GAUGCUCAGUGCCUGAAGGAGGCCGUGCGCCCGGCGGAGGGGGGGGCCCGCGGCGGGCCAUGGAGAGGGCGCCGGCGCGGGGGGCACCGCGGACCGCGGCCUGAAGCGAGGGCGGCGCGGCCGUCGGGGCAGCGCCCGCUUCAGCACCGCGGACAGCGCGCAGCCGACACCGCGCCUCCGGCUCCGGCACCCGGCCCCGCUGCCCCUGCCCCGGCUCCGGCACCCGGGCGCCCCAGACCCGCUAGCCCCGGCUUCGGUCCCUGGGUGCCCGACCUCCCUCCUACCUCCGGCUCCGGUCCCCGGGUGCCCCGGCGCCCCUGCCCUCGGCUCCAGCUCCAAUCUCUCCGGACCCCGCUGCCUGGCACCGCUAUCAGGGUACCCCGGCACCGCUCCCCCGCGGGUCCUCUCCCCUCUGCCCCGGCCGGCCGCCCAGCCCCGCUCCCCUCGCCCCUCUCUCUGUAGCUUCGGCUCUGCUCCCCGCCCCCUGCUCCUCUCCCCACACCCCGCUGGCCCCGGCUCUACUCCCUGCUCCCUCGGUCCCCUGCCCCCCGGUCCGCGCCGCCGGCAACAUGCGCGGGCGGCCGCGGGCGGCGGCAGGCGAGGCUGCGGUGCCGGCUCGGAUGCCCCCUUCCUCCUGCCCUCGCCCGCUCCAGGCGACCCGCUGAGAGAUGGACUUGGCAGGCGUGCUGCUGGCGUUGCUCCUCGUGCUGGUGCUGGUUGUUUCUCUGCUCUCCAACCUCCUGGUGCUGCUAUGCUUCGUCUACAGUACGGAGAUCCGCAAGCAGGUCGCCGGGGUUUUCCUGGUGAACUUAUCCUUUUGCAACCUGCUCCUCACCGUCCUGAACAUGCCUUUUACCCUGCUGGGGAUCCUGAGGAACCAGCAACCCCUCGGGGGCUGCGUCUGCAAAGCGGUGGGUUUCCUGGAAACUUUCCUGACUUCCAACACGAUGCUGAGCAUGGCAGCGCUCAGCAUCGACAAAUGGAUUGCAGUGGUGUUCCCCUUAAGCUACACCAGCAAGAUGCGGUAUAAGGACGCUGUGAUACUGAUGGGCUACUCGUGGCUCCACUCCCUCACGUUCCCCUUGGUAUCCUUGUUUUACUCGUGGGUAGAUUACAGCAGCGUUUAUGCCUCUUGCACCUUGCACCUGAAGGAAGAGACGGAGCGGAGAAGGUUUACAGUGUUCACCAUCGUCUUUCACUCCACCAGUUUCAUGCUGUCGCUGGUGAUCUUGUGUUUCACCUAUUUAAAGGUGUUGAAAGUUGCCCGGUUCCACUGCAAGCGGAUAGACAUUAUUACCAUGCAGACUCUGGUUUUGCUAGUGGAUAUCCACCCCAGUGUGAAGCAGCGCUGUCUUAAUGAGCAGAAACGGAGGAGACAGCGGGCUACCAAGAAAAUCAGUAUUUUUAUAGGGUCGUUCGUGAUCUGUUUUGGUCCUUACAUUAUCACCAGGUUGAUAGAGCUCCUUCCUUUUGUUACCAUAAAUUACUACUGGGGAAUCAUAAGCAAGUGCCUGACCUACAGUAAGGCUGCAUCAGAUCCGUUUGUUUACUCACUUUUACGUCAACAGUACAAAAAAGUUCUGAUCAACAUCGUCAAUAGGAUACUUAAGAGGGACCUGUAUCCGUCAUCGGGGUACAACAGCUCUCUUGACACUGAAAACGAUUACUGCUUGCACAGAACAAACUAACAACAUGAAAAGCAUUCCCCUCUGAGUGAGACAGGUGUUUGCUGCUGCUGGAAAGCUGCCUUGUCCCUCCUAUGCUGACAGGGAUGACAGUGUCUCCAGGAUGUGAAAGCUGCACUAAUGCGAUGCAUUUCAUUGUGGACUUUCAUGAAAGGCUCUUCCCUGGUCUGCAGCCAAGUACAAUAUAUGGCAAAGCCUUGCCCCUGGGUGAAUGGAGUAGGAUUGAGGGGUUUUAAGAGAGCCUUUAGAGGCUCUGGAGAAGCUUAGAGAGCUUUUAAUGUUUCAUGACUGAAGACUUGGUAUGUUUUGGAGCAUCCCACAUCAGAUGUGAUAUUCCAGCAUCUUCUGGGACCACAGGAAUCCCCAGGUUGGAAGGAGUGGUUCAGAGUCCUCCGUGCUGCACAUGUAACUUGGCAGCCCCGGAUCUGCUCUGUUAGUUUCGAACAUUACAAAUAAGUCUUUUAGUUGAUUGAUUUAUUGUAUUGGUGCCUCAAGUGAGUGAUAUGGGUCAGCACUUAGAAUCUGAGAUUGUUAUUAUUAUUAUUAUUAUUUAUUACUAGGCAUCAUGAUUGUAACAUAGCCUUUAGGAAGUGGUACAUAUAUUUGAUAUGCCAGUAUUCUAUCAAGCAUAACCAAAGUCCACAUAUCUGAGUUACUAAUAUUUAGCACUUCAGUGGUAUGUGAUUACAAUAAUUGCAGCAACAGUAAUGAAGACAUGUAUGGAAUUUAGUUAAAUAGCACUGUAGUUCCAUCACUGAGCUAGUAGUCCUAUUCAAACAAGCUUUUAUUCAGAAAAAAAAAAUCAGUUAGACAGUAGAAGUGACAGAUACCACUGUGUUUAAGAUACAUUACUUCAGAAGCUAUCUGUUUUCAAAGAACAGGCUAAAAUAUAUUAAUUCUUUUUAAGGGAUAUAUAAUGUGUAAAAUAUUUCAUGCAUUGGCUAUAUUUGGUGGAUUGUAAUAAUAUUGUACAAUCUUUUAUUUUAUAAUGAUCAAUUAAUCUGGUGAUUUUAACUGAUACCAAGUGACGUCUGAGAGAUAUUAUAACAGAACUGCUGCCAAAUGCCCAGAAACGCAAAGCUGCUUUAUUAUUAUCUGUAUUUUUCUCUUUUAUUUAUUUUUAAAUUUAAACAGGCUUUGAAAAAAUGUGGGAAUUAUUUUUUAACAAUAUUCCUUUGAUUAUAUAAGACAUGAAUCAAAAUAUUCUAUGGCAUUCAAUAAGCUACUAUUUUCUAAUCAAGUACAUAAGGGGAAAAUUAAAGCAAUUCUAAAAUAUAUUUUAAGAAAAAAAAAAAAAAGAAAGAAGACAGUAAAGAACACUUAUUUUUUAUGUAACAAUGGACUUGACCCUACUAAGCAUUGAGAAGGUUAUUCCUGGUCAAACUAAGCAUAUAAGCAUGUGAUUAGGCACAAAUAUUAUUUCCUUUGAAGUUAACAGCUCUGUUCCCAUGCUGAAAAUGAAGUACACGCUUAACUGUUCUCUCAAACCGGUGUUGAGCAGUCAGCACAAGGAGAGGGUUUUUUCCCACCAUCCACAAUGAGGAAGGAGAGCGCCUUACUGCAGUCCCAUUGAAGUCAAGGAAAGGUGAUGCUGCGUAACAAAUACAAUGUUCUCUUAUCUCCUGCUUUUAAUCUCUGAGGCCUUUCUGAUGUUUCUGAUUUUUUUUUUUUUUUUUUGCCAUGCAAGUACCUUAGGCCUCUGUGUUUUGCAUCUAUAGUUCUGCCUGUGUUUAAAUUGAAUGUACUACAAUGGUUUUGUCUUCUUAGUAAAG